UUUCAAGAUAGUGGGUUGCCAUGAUCAAUACUGCCUUUUUAUUUUCAGUCAAUUAUAAUUUCCCCUGAAAAUAAUAACAUCCAAUCUAAAUGUGAAAUGUGCAGACAGCAAAUUCAGCAUAUACACAUGAGAUUCUUGUUAUACAUUUUUCUCAUUCACUUGUUCACCUGUGUUUGCUGCAACCCUGAUAUUCAUAUCGGAUACCAGAUAAUUCUUUCAGUUCCGGUGACAUAUAUUCGGGGAUUCAUUGGAAGAGCGUUUCUAAUGGAAACCAAUCAGUCGGUGCCUAAUUUCAGAGUUGCACUCAGUGUUGAGGAAAUGAAGGGAUCAUACUCUUGCUCACUUGAUGUUUUCCUAGGAGACAUCAAAGUAUGGACUUCUGGCUAUUUUUCACAGUUCUACACGACGGAUAAAUGUGUGCUUGAGCUGACUAAAGAUGGGGAUUUAGAGCUCAAGGGUCCGAAAGAACAAGUUGGAUGGCGAAGUGGAACUUCUGGACAAGGUGUGGAGAGGCUAAAUUUGUUAAGAACGGGUAAUCUGGUUUUAGUUGAUCAACUGAAUCUGGUAAAAUGGCAGACAUUCAACUUUCCGACUAAUAUAAUGCUUUGGGGCCAGAGACUGAAUGUUCAAACAAGACUAACUGCCUUUCCUACUAAUUCAAGUUCAUUCUUUUCUUUCGAAAUCAAAAGUGAUAAAAUUGCAUUGUACUUGAACUCAGGCAAGUGGAAAUAUUCUUACUGGAAAAUCAAGCCUGCGAACAACCAGAAUUUCUCGUUUGUGGGAUUAACUUCAAAGGGAUUAGAAAUCUUUGGCGAUGAGUUUAAGAGAAUUGCUCAACUGAAAUCAGAAAGAACUGAACCCUUGCGAUUUUUGGCACUGGAGAACAGAACAGGAGACAUGAGGCUUUAUUACUUCUCACCUGAAAAAGGAAAGUUUGAGUCUUCUUUUCAAGCAAUUAAUAAGAAAUGUGAUCUUCCCCUGGCUUGUAAACCAUCUGGUAUAUGUACAUUUUCUGACGAGUGUUCCUGCAUUCGGUUAAUCACUAGCGGAGACAACUUUGCUUCUGAUUGCAGCACUGGGAUAUCUAAUGGAUUUUGUGGCAGAAAUGAUGUUGAAAUGUUUGAGUUACAAGGCGUUAGUAACGUACUCGAGAGCUCGGAUGUUACUGUCCAUAUUAGCGAACAGGUAUGUGCAAAUCUGUGUAUUGAUGACUGUGAAUGUGAGGCUGCAUUGUAUGUUAUAAACUCGAAAGAAUGCCAUUUGUAUGGAGAAAUCAGGGGAGUGAAGCAAACUGAGAAGAGACACGAGACAAAAUACAUGAUCAAGAUUUUGAAGAAAAACGGAAAGGGGCAUGGAGAAACUUCAGGUUUGAAGAAGUGGGUGUUGAUUGUAGUCGGAUUUGCUGAUGGAUUGGUCAUAUUUGUUGCUUUAGGAGGGCUCAUCUACUAUGUCAUCUGGAAAAGAAGGAAUUCGCCGGAAACUGUGAACAAUAGUUCAUGACAACAUUUGCAUGCAUGUAUGUAAAAUUGUUACAAGUUUUAAUCAGUGUUUCCGUCAGAGUUUUGGUGAGGGUUUUACAGUGCCACCGGAUUGAUAUCUGUUAGCAAGCUGACUUCCGACCAUCAGUUACAUGUACGGUGGCUCAUUUUCUUCUUAUAAGUAAUUUUUGCCUUAUAAGUUGAUUCAUUGGGUUUGGACAUUGCCAUUCGCUUAGAAGCAGCAGAGAAACUUUAUGCAAGCUGCAUUCUAAUUUGUAAACCAAAAGAACUCUACCAUUGUCCAUAUUUUAUGCAGCUCGUUACUUUGCUUCAAAGUUUUGUAGAUUUUCUUCGAUUUUGUAUUUUUUUUUCUUACUGAAAUCCAUAACUGCAAGGCAAUCCUUUUACGUUUUGA